AUGGGUUUAUUUGAUAAAGUAAAGCAAUUUGCUAGCAGCAAUAACAAUGACAAUGGAUCUGGGAACAAUAAUCAAACAGACUAUGUUUCGAAGGCUGAAAAUAUGAUCGGUGAGGAUAGAGUUAACCAGUUUAAAAGCAAAAUUGGUGAGGAUAGGUUUAACAAAAUGGAAUCCAAGGUUCGUCAACAAUUCUCUAAUACUUCUAUAAGUGACAACAACAAUAACGAUAGUUCUUAUGGCUCUAACAAUGACGACUCUUACGGUUCUAAUAAUGAUAACUCUUAUGGUUCCAACAACAAUAACAACAACGAUAACAACACCUACGGUUCGUCUAACAAUGACGAUUCUUAUGGUUCUAACAACAAUGAUGACACCUACGGUUCUUCUAACAACAAUGAUUCUUAUGGUUCUUCAAACAAUGAUGACUCUUAUGGUUCUUCAAACAAGAAGAAGAGCUCUUAUGGCUCUAACAAUGACGAUUCUUAUGGUUCCAACAACAAUGACACCUACGGUUCUUCUAACAACAAUGACGACUCUUAUGGUUCUUCAAACAAGAAGAAGAGCUCUUAUGGCUCUAACAAUGACGAUUCUUAUGGUUCCAACAACAAUGACACCUACGGCUCUUCUAACAACAAUGACGACUCAUACGGUUCUUCUAACAACAAUGACGACUCUUACGGCUCCUCUAACAAGAAGAAGAGUUCUUACGGCUCCAACAAUGACGACUCAUAUGGUUCCAACAAUAAUGACACCUACGGUUCUUCAAACAACGAUGAUUCUUAUGGUUCUUCUAACAACAAUGACGAUUCUUACGGCUCCUCUAACAAGAAGAAGACCUCUUAUGGCUCCAACAAUGACGAUUCUUAUGGUUCCAACAACAAUGACACCUACGGUUCUUCAAACAACAAUGACACCUACGGUUCUUCAAACAACGAUGACACCUACGGUUCUUCUAACAAGAAGAAGAGCUCUUACGGCUCUAACAAUGACGACUCAUAUGGUUCCAACAACAAUGACUCUUAUGGUUCCAACAACAAUGACUCUUAUGGUUCCAACAACAAUGACUCUUAUGGUUCUUCAAACAAGAAGAAGAGCUCUUAUGGCUCUAACAAUGACGAUUCUUAUGGUUCCAACAACAAUGACACCUACGGUUCUUCUAACAACAAUGACGACUCUUAUGGUUCUUCAAACAAGAAGAAGAGCUCUUAUGGCUCUAACAAUGACGAUUCUUAUGGUUCCAACAACAAUGACACCUACGGCUCUUCUAACAACAAUGACGACUCAUACGGUUCUUCUAACAACAAUGACGACUCUUACGGCUCCUCUAACAAGAAGAAGAGUUCUUACGGCUCCAACAAUGACGACUCAUAUGGUUCCAACAAUAAUGACACCUACGGUUCUUCAAACAACGAUGAUUCUUAUGGUUCUUCUAACAACAAUGACGAUUCUUACGGCUCCUCUAACAAGAAGAAGACCUCUUAUGGCUCCAACAAUGACGAUUCUUAUGGUUCCAACAACAAUGACACCUACGGUUCUUCAAACAACAAUGACACCUACGGUUCUUCAAACAACGAUGACACCUACGGUUCUUCUAACAAGAAGAAGAGCUCUUACGGCUCUAACAAUGACGACUCAUAUGGUUCCAACAACAAUGACUCUUAUGGUUCCAACAACAAUGACUCUUAUGGUUCCAACAACAAUGACUCUUAUGGUUCUUCAAACAAGAAGAAGAGCUCUUAUGGCUCUAACAAUGACGAUUCUUAUGGUUCCAACAACAAUGACACCUACGGUUCUUCUAACAACAAUGACGACUCUUAUGGUUCUUCAAACAAGAAGAAGAGCUCUUAUGGCUCUAACAAUGACGAUUCUUAUGGUUCCAACAACAAUGACACCUACGGCUCUUCUAACAACAAUGACGACUCAUACGGUUCUUCUAACAACAAUGACGACUCUUAUGGUUCUUCUAACAAGAAGAAGAGCUCUUACGGCUCCAACAAUGACGACUCAUAUGGUUCCAACAACAAUGACGACUCAUACGGUUCUUCUAACAACAAUGACGACUCUUACGGCUCCUCUAACAAGAAGAAGAGUUCUUACGGCUCCAACAAUGACGACUCAUAUGGUUCCAACAACAAUGACACCUACGGUUCUUCAAACAACAAUGAUUCUUAUGGUUCUUCUAACAAUGACUCUUAUGGUUCUUCUAACAAUGACUCUUAUGGCUCCUCUAACAAGAAGAAGAGCUCUUAUGGCUCUAACAAUGACGACUCUUAUGGUUCCAACAAUAAUGACUCCUAUGGCUCCAACAACAAUGACUCUUAUGGUUCUAACGAUAGAGGUAAUCGUAACCAAUACGGCGGUGAUGAUGAUUACUAG